AGACCCUCCCUUCCCACCAACCUUAAGGCAUUAGGACAAACAGGGAUUGGAGGUAGAAUUUAGCUGAAGGGGAAAAUCUCUGGCUUUUCAAUUUCCUUUGAGAGCAUUGCAGCACUUCAGCAGAAAGCCAGCAAGGCGUUCUUUCACUCCUCCCAAUUGCUGCAUCUCCUCUACAGCAUCCACUCUGCUACCCAGCUCGCCACCAUGGCCAGUACUGUGUCAGCCUACAAGGAGAAAAUGAAGGAGCUGUCCUUGCUCUCACUGAUCUGCUCCUGUUUCCACACUCAGCCGCACCCCAAUACAAUCUACCAAUAUGGAGACAUGGAGGUGAAACAGCUGGACAAAAGGGCAUCUGGCCAGAGCUUUGAAGUGAUCCUGAAGUCCCCUUCGGACUUGUCCCCUGAGAGUCCAGUCCUCUCUUCUCCCCCUAAGAAGAAGGACCUGUCCCUGGAGGAGCUGCAGAAGAGGCUGGAGGCUGCAGAGGAGAGGAGGAAGACCCAAGAGGCCCAAGUGCUGAAGCAGCUGGCGGAGAAGCGGGAGCACGAACGGGAGGUGCUGCACAAGGCCCUGGAGGAGAACAAUAACUUCAGCCGGCUGGCUGAGGAGAAGCUCAACUACAAGAUGGAGCUGAGCAAGGAGAUCCGUGAAGCUCACCUAGCUGCCUUGAGGGAGCGGCUGCGUGAGAAGGAACUGCAUGCAGCUGAGGUUCGCAGGAACAAGGAACAGCGGGAGGAGAUCUCUGGAUAAAGGGCUUUUCUACACAUCUAGCACCUGGUUCCUGAUAACUAACUAACCAACCAACUAACCCAACACAUUUUAUUUUGUUUGUCUAGAUGCAACAUUUGGUUCCCCACUUCCCCCAACCCUCUGGUGUUCAUUCUCCAGCUACACGCUUCUCUCUCUCUCUCCAUCCCUAACUGUUCAGUACUUGGGGGGGAUCACAGGCCAUGGGUUACCUCUAAGCAUACUAGCAGUUAGUUCAUAUGAAGUAUAGAAUCAGUCAAUACCAAUCAAACAGCUUCUCUUUGGGAUUUUGUUCUUUUUAAAAAAUCUUUCUGAAACAGAUUAAAGAAUUCAGAUAGUAAUAAAUUCACCCAGCAGUGCCAUGGAGAUUUGGAUUCCCUAUCCGGAGCUUAUACUACUCCUGGCAUUUGCUCUGAGCCAGACAUCAGUGUCAAGACAAUGGGCAGUAAAUAGUGAGGAUUUCUUCCUUGGGGGGGAGUGGUUAAUGGAUCCAUUGUUUCCCAGCAGAUGGAGAAGGGGACCAGAUGGCUCAAGGAAUUGGUUAUGUCAUGCAGAGCCUUUCACCUUGGGUCACUGGUUUGAAGCCAGCCCAGGUAGGUAGUGACUUCGUCAUUACUUGCUGACGGUGCUUUGGUAGCCCAUGUGAAAUUAGCUGGGGGUCUCAGAGCCUAGUGGACCAAUGCCCAUAUCGCAAAAAAUACCAUCACUACAGGCAUUAGUGGAUAUCUUAGUUGGCCACAGGUUGAAUAAGCCUGUAGGCUGAACUACCCUCUCAGUUGUAGAGGCAGGACUGGGGCACGCUGGCUCAGCAGUGUCAGGGAAGCCUGCACUGUUACUGCCUGUGUUGAAUCUGAUUCUAUAGAUGAUUGGGGCGGCUCGGUUUCCAAGGCUGUCAGUCUGACACUUUUCACAACCAAUAACAUUUCACUUCAAUAAGUAAAUAAAUAAACUAGAAAGGGUAUGUGAUUACCAAUCAAUCAGCCCACAGGCCUUUAGAGAAACUCUAAUUUGGGAGAAUUAUUGUUCCCUCUUCCCAAAGAUGGACAUGACUCUUCAAUACCAUUAGAGGAGAGACAUUUGGACCAAAGAUCACAGAAUGAACCAGAGAGCUCUGGCUCUUCGGCCUCAUAUUGUAGCAAAGGACAUACUGAUCUCUGCAAUGGUAUUUCCAGAAGAGCAGCUUUGGAAAAGACGGGGGGGACGUGGCCAGGGAGAGGGCAGAAGGGGUUAGGAGACGUUUGUGUGCCUGCUUCUGGUGUAGUCAUGGCGGUAGAAAUGUAAGGUCAUUGUUUACAGAGAUGGCUGCUGUAAAAGCAGACGAUGAGCCAAACUGUAAGGGGUCUGCCAUUCCAUCACUAAGGUCAGUAGAGUUGCAGACACUUAACGCCAGAUCUGAAUUUGACUUGAUACAUCAACUGGC